UACCUCCUCUCUCUCUAGGUCAUUCUCUCUCCUCUACGCCGGAAAAUCGAUUUCCUCCGGUUGCUAACCGUUUUUUGGAUUCAGUUUCUAGCCGAGGAUAAGCUUUUAUUUAUUAUAUCCUUUCCUCUGGUGGAUAAGUGUAUGUGUUGAUUUUCGACGUUUCGUCAUUGACUCAGCAGCUACGCGGCGAAUCGGGAUCUCCGCGUUUGACUCGGUCCUCGCUCGUUUCCGCCGCGUUUUCGUAGAAUGUGGCUUCCCUUAUUCGCAUGCCAGGGCUUUUAUAUUUGAAUUCGCAGCUUCGUGAUCGUGAUAUCUAGGUUUUCGUCUUCUGUUCUCUCCUUGUUGCGGUUGGUUGGUUUUUGCAAUCCGUCGCGGGAAAACGGUGGCUCGCGGUGGUGGCAGGAUUACGUUAUGCUAUGGGGGCGGAGAGGAGAAACUACUUGUCGAAAGAGGCGGCUAUUAAUGGGUUAGAGUAUCUCAAACGCAAAAGGCUUCAGAAAACGAGAUCAGGCGCUGUCAAUGGAACAGUAGGUCGUCUCAGCGCAAUGGCUAGAAGCGGUGGUGAUGAUGCUACGAGGCCAUCUUCAGCGUCAUGCGGAAUGAGAGUAUCUACUGGCAAGGGUGCCUUUUUUAAGGAGGAGAGGUUUGAGACAGAUGAUGAUGUUAAGUGGACCGAGAGGCUUCCUGAAUGUCCUGUAUACAGACCGACGAAGGAUGAGUUUGAGGAUCCUUUGACUUAUUUGCAGAAGAUUUUUCCAGAAGCUUCAAAAUAUGGUAUUUGCAAGAUCAUAUCUCCUUUGACAGCAACAGUACCUGCAGGCGCUGUGUUGAUGAAAGAGAAAUCUAAUUUCAGGUUCACCACCAGAGUACAGCCUCUUCGACUUGCUGAGUGGGAUUCUGAUGAUAAAGUCACGUUCUUCAUGAGUGGGAGGACUUAUUCAUUUCGUGACUACGAGAAAAUGGCGAACAAGGUAUUUGCACGUAGAUAUUGCAGUGGUGGCUCUUUGCCCGACUCAUUCUUGGAGAAAGAGUUCUGGAAGGAAAUCGCGUGUGGGAAGACUGAAUCAGUUGAGUAUGCGUGUGAUGUAGAUGGUAGCGCGUUUUCAUCUGCACCAGGUGACCCACUAGGAAGCAGCAAAUGGAACUUGAAUAAAGUUUCAAGGCUGCCGAAGUCUAUUCUGCGCCUUCUUGAAACAUCCAUUCCGGGAGUCACUGAACCGAUGCUUUACAUCGGAAUGCUGUUUAGCAUGUUUGCCUGGCAUGUUGAGGAUCAUUAUCUGUACAGCAUCAAUUAUCAACAUUGUGGAGCAUCAAAAACUUGGUAUGGUGUUCCAGGUUCCGCAGCUCUAAAUUUUGAAAAGGUGGUUAGAGAGUGCGUGUACAGUGAUGAGAUCAUGUCAACCAAUGGGGAGGAUGGAGCCUUCGAUGUGCUUCUAGGGAAGACAACUAUAUUCCCACCAAAGAUUCUGUUGGAUCAUGAUGUGCCUGUCUACAAGGCUGUACAAAAACCUGGAGAGUUUGUUGUCACAUUCCCCAGAGCUUAUCAUGCUGGGUUCAGCCAUGGGUUUAACUGUGGUGAGGCAGUGAACUUUGCGAUGGGUGACUGGUUUCCUUUUGGAGCCAUUGCUAGUUGUCGGUAUGCUCAUCUAAACAGAUUGCCAUUGCUUCCUCAUGAAGAACUGAUAUGUAAGGAAGCAAUGCUCUUAAACUCAUGUCCCAAACCCGAGAAUCUGGAUUUCAUCACACCUGCGGAAUUGUCAGGACAACGAAGCGUCAAGACUGCGUUUGUGCAACUGAUUCGUUUUCAUCAUCUGGCUCGAUGGUCUCUGAUGAAGUCAGGAUUAUGCACAGGCCUUAUCUCGAAUACAUACGGAACCAUUGUUUGCAGUUUGUGUAAACGGGAUUGCUAUUUGGCGUUUAUAAACUGCCAGUGUUACUCACAUCCCGUCUGUCUCCGUCAUGAUGUUAAAAAGCUUGACCUUCCAUGCGGGAAAACGAGAACUCUGUUCUUGAGAGAUAACAUUCAAGUCCUGGAAGCUGCUGCAAAGAAGUUUGAGGAAGAAGGUGGAGUUUCAGAUAUGAUUACAAGGGAUGAAGAUUUAUAUGCAUAUCCAUCGUCAAUCAAACUUGCAGCUGCAAAAGAAGAUGGAUAUUCACGGUAUUCCACUAUAUACUUCGACUUCAAUACCGAGUUAGAGAUGGCAUCUGGAAACCAUGUCAUGAACUACGAAGCGAAUGCUUCUUCAUGUAUCUCUUCUGUUGCUGAUGAUUAUGAAUGCUCAACGGCGGCUGAUUACCAGGUGAAUAGACGAGCUAACUGUAGUAGCAGUAGUGAUUCUAAGCUCUCUGAAGACGUAGCAAGCAGCAGUAACAAGAAGUCUCGGUUCUUCUCUGCGGUUCAAGAUGAAGUACUAGUUACGUAUCAGGAAAGUGACGGUUCUGAUUCCGAGAGUUUCAGAGUGAAACGACGUUCCUCGCUGAAAUGUGAGAAUCGAUCAGUUGUUCUGGAGAGGAGAGACUCUGGGCAUCAUCAGGAACAUAAAAGAUUAAAGAGAUCACAGAAGUACCACGAAGGAAGAUAUAGUAGUAGCAGUAGUAGUAGCAAGGAAGAAGUGGUAAUUUCAAAAAGAAAGGUAACUCAUGAGCAGCAGCAAAGUGACGUGAAGAAGAUUGAGAAUCAUUUUGGUGGUGGGUUUAAACGUUUGAAAGUGAAAGCCAUAACGUGACACCCUCCACUUCCUCCUAACUACAAUUUUAUCUCUAACAAUACAAGGUAAAAAGGGAAUCAAAAGCAAAAUUAACUGAUGUUGCUAUUAUUUUUGUGGGAGAAGAAAGAAG